AUGACUUUGGAACAGCCAUCUGGAGAGAUGUGGCAGAAGAUCCGCGAGGAGCUGAAUGAGAAGCCAGAGAACAAUGCCCGAGAUUUGGCACACAUCAAAGAAUGGCUUAAGCAAGAACCACAUCUACCUGAUGAGAUUGAUGACCAAUGCAUCAUGACUUUCCUACGAGGCUGCAAGUUCUCCUUAGAGAAGACCAAGCGUAAACUGGACAUGUACUUCACAAUGCGAACAGCAGUUCCCGAAUUUUUCGAAAACCGUGACGUCACACGUCCUGAGCUGCAGGAAAUUGUUAAAGUUGUUCAAAUUCCGCCGCUGCCUGGUCUCACACCUGACGGAAGACGAGUUGUCGUUAUGAGAGGACUGGACAAAGAUGGUCAGACGCCAAUCGUAGCGGAUGCGUUCAAGCUGGCCCUGAUGAUGGGUGACGUCAGAUUAUUUGAAGAAAAGGAAGGAGUAGCUGGCGAUGUUUACAUUUUGGACGCGUCCGUUGUCACUCCCACUCACUUCGCCAAGUUUACUCCGGCGCUUGUUAAGAAAUUCUUUGUCUGUGUACAGGAGGCAUACCCCGUGAAAUUGAAGCAAGUACACGUUAUCAACGUUUCGCCUCUUGUAGACAAGAUUGUAAACUUCGUCAAACCUUUCCUUAAGGAAAAGCUCAGAGAAAGGAUUUUCCUUCACACAGACAUCAAUGAUCUCUAUAAGUACGUUCCUAAAGAAAUGCUACCGACUGAAUAUGGUGGCAAUGCCGGUUCCAUGGACGAACUACACAAUGCUUGGAUGAAGAAGUUAGAAGAAUACAAAGACUGGUUCGCGGAACAAGAACAAUACAAAGCAAACGAGGCUCUCAGACCGGGCAAGCCUACGAAUUACGAUGAGCUCUUUGGCAUCGACGGCUCAUUCCGACAACUGGUCAUUGAUUAA